AUGGUUUUAACUAUAGCUAUUAUGCUUAUAUCGCUUCCAGCAAUAUGGAGUAAACUUGUAAUAAUUGGAAGUUUCAUAGCAGGAGGGGUAAGGUACCAUGAACCCGAGCAUUGGAAGUUUGGUGAGUCGGGAAACAUGUAUUUCCGCCAUGCCAUGGGGCAGUUGUAUGCUAUUUCAAACGAUUUGGCAACAUACAUAUCAAACAACCAUAAUGUUCUUCACAAGUAUGCCAAUGAGGACGUGUCAAUAGGAGCUUGGUUUAUUGGACUUGAUGUGGAGCAUAUCGAUAAUCGUAGACUUUGUUGUGGCACUCCUCCAGAUUGUGAAUGGAAGGCGCAAGCAGGCAACAUUUGUGUUGCGUCAUUCGAUUGGAGCUGCAGUGGUAUAUGUAGGUCAGCCGACAGGAUAAAAGAAGUACAUAGAAGGUGCGGCGAAGGUGAAAAUGCUUUAUUGGGGUUCAUGGUUAUGAUGUCAAGAGAGAUUGAUGAAUUAGAUAAGAUUAUUGUUUUGUAG